AUGGGGGACAGUUUGACUGAAGAGGAAAUUCGGAGGCUGCUGGAAGAAUCUGGAUCUGAAAUUGACGAUGAUGGAUUUCAAACUGAAAAUAGUUCUUCUGAAAUAGAUGGUAACAACGAGUGGUCCGAAAAUGAAAAUGAGCCAUCAGACGUAUUAGAAGAGUGUGAAGCUCCCAUUCAAAAAGGCAGAGGCAGAAUACAACAACAGCAGUCCCAAAACAACGUUGUUGAAUGGGUAAAUGACGAUGUCCUACAACAAUUACCGCUCUUUGAAGACGUAAGUAAUGUCUUGGCACCUUUGAGCGCCGAAAGCACUGAAUUUGACUGUUGGAGCGUCUUUAUUGACGCAAAUGUCAUCAAAAAUAUAAAGACAGAAACAAACCGCUACGCUGCAGCAACAAUUUCCAAAUUGCGGAUGCAAAAUAAAAUAACUUCCAGGUCGCUUUGGGCCAAUUGGUCUGCUGUGAAGCUACAUGAGAUGUAUCAGUUUUUUGCUAUAAUUAUUCACAUGUGCCUUGUACACAAACCAAAUAUUACGGACUAUUGGAGCAAUGACCUAAUGCUAGAUUCCUCCUUACCUGCAAAAAUCAUGAAAAGAGACAGAUUUAGGUCAAUUUACUUUAUGCUUCACGUAAAUAACAACGACAAUUAUGUACGAAGGGGUCAACCAAACCAUGAUCCUAUACACAAAAUCCGACCUUUUUUUGAUAACUUUGUACUGAAAAGCAAGAACAGUUUUUCUCCUGGCGAGAAUCUCACAGUUGAUGAAGGUUUAUGUCCAUUCAGAGGGAGAAUUCGAUUUCGAGUAUAUAUCAAGAACAAACCGAGCAGGUAUGGUAUAAAAUUUUUCAUUCUAAGUGAUUCAGCAACAGGAUAUGUUUUGAACUGUGAAGUGUACACCGGUGCAGGUGAAAAAGACAACAGUGCAGAUUCAGUGGUGCUACGUUUGUGCAACAGUUAUCUACGUAAGGGUCAUACAUUGUACAUGGACCGCUUUUAUACUUCUGUAAAAUUAUUUGAAAAGUUGUUUGAUGAGGGCACAUCUGCUGUUGGCACAGUAAUGAGAAACAGAAGAGGCCUACCACAGGAAUUCAAACAGAAUAAACUAAGAAGAGGUGAAAUCGUAUUCAAGAGAAAAAAUUCCGUGCUAGCACUUCACUGGAAAGAUUCUAGGGAUGUGUUUGCCCUUUCUACCAAACAUAGAAUGACAAGUAGUGUUACUAAGACAAAAUCCAAGGCUGGAAUGGUAGAAAAACUGAAGCCUGAUCUCAUACUUGAUUAUAAUAAAAAUAAAACUGGUGUUGAUCAUGGAGAUCAGCUGAUGACCUACUAUUAUUUUCAACGACGAACAAUGAAAUGGUGGAAAAAGGUAUUUUUUCAUGUAUUUAUGAUGUGCGUGGUCAAUUCUUACAUUCUGUACAAGAAACUUCGGCCUGUCUCUCACAAACGAACCAGCUUGUUUACUUUUAUGGUGAACCUGGGAAAACAAAUACUGGAGAAAUCCGGCGAAGUUUUCAAUGAAAAUGAAAAGCAGGGUUCAGCAGCAAACAGGCUAACAGCAAGGCAUUUCCCCACUCACGUCCCAUCGACAACAAGCAAGAAAUAUGCAUCAAGAUAUUGCAUUGUUUGCUCUGAGAAGGGCGCACGGAGUACUGGCAAACGAGUGAGAAGGGAGACGAGAUGGUGGUGUGAAGAAUGUAAUGUAGGAUUGUGUCUACCUGACUGUUUCAAGCAAUAUCACACAAAGACAAAUUUUACUCAAUGA